AUGGUUCUGGUGGACUUCUCGCUAGCGUUCAACUGUGUUAACCAUCGCCUGCUGGGGCAGAAGCUCAACGACGAAUUCCACUUUUCAAGAUCGGCAUGCAGACUUGUCUCGUCAUUUCUCGGGCAAAGAUCACAAUCCGUGCGCCACCGGGAUACCGUAUCCUCGGUUCGUGCGGUCAACGACGGUACCCCCCAAGGCUCCUGCUUGAGCGCGCUCUUGUUCAGCCUGUCUAUCAACAGUCUGCCCUCCGUUUUGCGGUGCAGCCAUCAGUUGUACGCAGACGACCUGCAGAUUUACACAUCUGGGCCGGUGUCCGAAAUCAACGAGUUGGUGAAAAAGAUCAACGAGGACCUGGAAGCCAUUACACGCUGGGCAAACGCGAACUAUCUUCAUCCUAACCCGAAGAAGACACAGGCCGUCAUCUUUUGCCGAACAGGGAUAGUGGAACCGCAGGAGGAAAUCACGUUCAGUGGAGAGAUCGUACAGUUGUCGAGUACGGUUACCAACCUCGGCCUCCAGAUGGACAAGAAUAUGACGUGGGCACCUCAAGUAAACGGCGUGGUGCAGAAAGCCUUCAAUACUCUGAGGACAUUCCGGCGCUUCGCGGCGGUUCUCUCCACUGGGACUCGGCGGAAGCUGGUGCAAGCCGUUGUGAUGCCCAUAUUCACGUACUGUGACGUCGUGAGACAACUGUCGCAGUUCGGAACAGCAUCCUUGGACACGACCUAUUGGCCAACUACCACCUACGUACCUGCUGCUUCAUUAAGCGAGGGUGCGACGGCGACCUGCCUGAGUAUCUUCAAGAACAUCUAG